AUGAAGAAGCCUUCGAAAGAUACAGUAAAUUAUCAGGAAGAAAUUGAUCUGAAUGAAGGCCACUGGAAGAACAAAAUGAAAAAUAAAAUUAAUGGUUUUCCAGAUUAUCACAACUCAGUAUUCGAAGCUUGUGACAGUCUUGGUGUUGAUGAUGACGAGUUUCAUAAUGUUGCUAUAAUUGAGAAUAUGUUAAAUUGUGACUACAGUGUUCGUGGAGCAGUUGUGAAGUUUGUUGAUGAACACGCUGAAGACGUUCUGUUAUGCAGUUUGAAACAUUCAUGGAUCUCAUCAAACUUGUUUUUACAAAAUCCUUUUUGUCUAUUUUCUUCCUUUUUUCUAAAAACAUUUUCUGCUAUCCCAAAAUCUUUUCUAACAGCAGAACUUUUAUUGAAAUGUUAUGACAGUAUUUUUGCAAAAAAGCUUAAACAGGAAUCAUUUUUGAAAAUAUUUUUCAAAAUGCUUAUGAAAUACUAUGAUUUUUCAACUAUCCUGUUUCAAAGGCAAGAAUAUAUUUUGUCCAAUGGAAAAAAUUUGAAUAUUUAUAUAGCAUAUCAAUUGGAUUUACGCAAUAAAUGGUUAAAAUUAUUUACAUGUUCCAACUCAUCAAAAAUUUGUUGGUUUUCAAAACGUCCAUCUCUUCUAGUAAAAUAUUUAACAUCAUGCAACUCAAACGAUGUGCAAACUAUGAUGAAAAUGUCAAUUGAUAUUGGAAAUGGAAAUCAAAAUUUCAUUAAAUCGAAGGAUCUUGUUGUCCUUAGUGAAGAUAAAUUAUCACCAAAAAUCCAUGCAGUGCAUCAGCAAGAUCUCAUAUAUUACAUUACACAUGAAAGAUUGAGGGUGGCCAGCAAAUCAGUUGGAAGAAAAUUCAAGAAAUUUGUUUCACCCGUUAAUGUUUGA